ACACUGCUUAACCUUAAUUAGUCUUUAAAGUUUAUUGUGUGAUUUGAUAUUAACAAAAUAGUAUCUCGAGGUGUUCAAACGGUUUCAAGAAAUGAUAUGAUAGGUAUUAAUUUACCAGUGUUCCAAAACAAAAGAAACUGUAACACCAUUACUUCUCCAGGAAGAAAUGCUCCACUGCGUCGCAGUGGGUAUGAGGUGCUGGAGGCUCCUUCUGUCCAGAUUAUUGACUGCGGAAAAGAAGAGAGGAACUUAAAAUGUACAGGCUAUCGAAAAUGUUGGCUCUCGACGUUGGCUCUACAUACUGUUGCUGUGAUAUUUUUUGGAAUCCCAUACUUGUUUCUGAGGUGGUAUCCACGAUGCUAUGCUUUUUUGGGACUUCGACGCUGCUCUCUGGAUUUGGCAGAUACUGUACUUAUACAGGUCCCGUGGGGUACAGACACGAUACACAAAGUCUACGUGACUGCAGGUAGUGAAGUGCAUGGGGCUGGAUGCACAAUGCGGUUUUUUGUACACCAACUCCGCAAGUUCAUUUGGACCCCAGAACUUCGAGAGUUCAGACUGUUACAAGGGUUAGCAAACGACAAAAAUACCCUUCAAACUUUGCUUGACAACCACACAGAUGGCCUUUCUCCUCAGCAACAAAAACAAACGCUCGCAGUUUACGGAAGAAACCAAAUUAAUGUUGAAGUUAAAUCAUACUGGCGUUUAUUAAUUGAUGAAAUACUAAAUCCUUUUUAUGUUUUUGAAAUUGCCAGUAUAAUCUUCUGGUGCUAUGACACUUAUAUUUUCUACUCCGUUUUCAUUAUUAUAAUUUCUGCUUAUUCGAUUAUAGACACCCUCAUUCAAACUCGUAAGAUAAGUCUGAUGACCAAUAAACUUGUGGAAGAGAGCAACUCCAACAAAGUAACAGUGAGCCUUGAUGACGGAGAGACUGCAGAAAUUGAAUCAGAAGAUUUAGUUCCUGGAGACACAAUAGUCAUCCCCCCUCACGGAUGUCUAAUGACUUGCGAUGCCCUUUUGCUAAGCGGAAACUGCAUAGUUAAUGAAAGCGUUCUUACAGGAGAGAGUGUUCCGGUGAUGAAGAGCCCUCCAGCUUAUGUGGACGAGGUGUAUGAUCCCCACGCCGCUCAUAGCCGUCACACCCUGUACAGAGGCACACGUAUCGUGCAGUCUCGGUUCUACGAAAACAAUAAGGUACUCGCUUUAGUAGUUAGAACUGGCGCCGAUACUGCCAAUGGACAGCUAGUUCGAUCCAUUUUGUAUCCUAAGAACUACGGGUUUCAUCUCUACACAGAUAGUAUGAAGUUCCUAUUUCUGAUGUUUUUCAUUGCCCUCAUUGGCACUGGUUUGAGCAUCUACCUUUACAUACUACAUGGGGCAGCAAUUGAAGACAUGAUUCUGCGAAGCUUGGACAUAAUCACCAUUGUAGUCCCGCCAGCCUUACCAGCGGCCAUAACAAUAGGCAAUAACUAUUCGCUAAAAAGGCUCAAGAAACAAAAUAUCUUUAGUACCUCAGUCUCUCUAAUAAGUGUAUGGGGAAAAGUGAAGCUCAUAUGCUUUGACAAAACAGGAACCCUUACAGAAGAAGGGUUGGACGUACUUGGAGUUGUACCUUGUGGUAAGACAAAUCUAGAUGGAGACACUUUAGUGACAGAUCUCUCUACACUAGAUUCCAAGUCACCCCUCACUCAAACCAUGGCUUGCUGUCAUACACUCACCUACAUUGACAAGAAGCUCUCGGGGGACCCUCUAGAUCUCAGCAUGUUCAGCGCUUUGCAAUGGGAAUUGGAGGAGCCUGGAGAAGAUACAACCAAAUAUGACUUGCUGAUUCCAGCAGUGGUGAAGCCAAAAAGAUCAUCAGCAGCCAACUCUAUUGUGAUACUUGAUGAAAUGCUUGACAACCUUGACGAGGGGGAAACUAUUUUUGAGAUGCCUUAUGAAAUAGGUGUAGUGAAGCAGUUUCCAUUCAACACCACCUCCAUGACGAUGACUGUCAUUGCCAGAGUCCUCGGCUCCAAUCACAUGACCGUGUUCACUAAGGGUGCUCCCGAGAGUAUAGUCAACAUCUGUCUUCCCAGUUCAGUACCUGAUAACAUUGAGACAGUCUUGUGUGAGUAUACUGCUCGUGGUUACCGUGUGAUAGCCCUAGCAUACAACAAGCUGCCUCGCAAAUUUACCUGGCUGCAAGCUCAACGAUCCCAACGACAUGAGGUGGAAAAAGAUCUCACAUUUCUUGGAUUACUUUUGAUGCAGAAUACUUUAAAGCCCAAGUCCAGGCAGGUUAUCAGUGAACUGCAGAAAGCAAGGAUCAAGUGUGUAAUGGUCACAGGAGACAAUCUACUGACAGCUGUUAGUGUGAGUAGAGAGUGUGGAAUGUUACCAAGGGAUUGUCCUCUCUCAUUGGUCACUGUUGACCUGAAAAAUGACCCUGAAAACCCUGUCAUCCGACUGAAAUCACUUUCCAUAUUGACUUCGCCAGACUUUGUAGAUAUACUGUCCAUGGGCCCAUCUUCAGGGUAUCUUGCCAUAGAUGGCACUAACUGGUCUUUACUAAGGACCCAUUUCCCCUCCAUGGUGGGGGUGAUUGCCACCAAAUGUAUUGUGUUUGCUCGAAUGUCUCCUAACCACAAAACUCAACUUGUCGAAGUCCUUCAGUCGAUGGAUUAUAUUGUUGCCAUGGUUGGAGAUGGGGCAAAUGAUUGUGGUGCUCUGAAGGCAGCGCACGUGAGUGUGUCUCUAUCUCAAGCAGAAGCCUCUAUAGCCGCUCCCUUUACUUCACGACGACAAGACGUCACUUGUGUUCUAGACCUCAUGAAAGAGGGAAGAUGUGCCUUAGUCACCAGUUUUGGCCUUUUCAAGUACAUGGCUACUUACAGCUUGAUCCAGUUUAUGUCUGUGCUCAUUCUGUAUAACAGUGCUGUUGAGCUCAGCAAUAUAGAGUUCCUUUAUGUUGACUUGGUGAUCACCACGAGUUUGGCGUUCAUGAUGGGACGAGCGGGGCCUGCGAAGUUCCUGGUGCCUCAUCGCCCCGUCAUGAGUCUUGUGGCCCCCGCCAAUGUCAUUCCUCUUCUGCUACACAUCACUAACUUGUGUGUCAUCCAGAUCCUGUCUUUGUACAUUCUGCAGGCUCAGCCUUGGUAUGUUCCUGUCAAUCCUGAAGUGGAAAACGGAGGUGCUGUAGAAUCAUGGGAAAACACCGUGGUCUAUACAAUCAGCUGUUUUCAAUUCUUCAUCCAAGCUUGUGUUUUCUCAAAGGGCAAACCUCAUCGGCAGCCAUUCCACACUAACUGGGUGUUUGGUGGCUUCGUGUUAGUCCUGACAGGGUUCACAACUCUACUGUUGAUCUAUCCACCCUCCAUCUUAGCAGAGCUUUUUGAACUGAAACCUUGGACUCCAAACGAGGCUUGGUUUCGGGUUUCUCUCAUGGCCUUGCCCCUUGUCAAUACAAUAAUUGCAGUUCUCAUAGAGAAUGGAGUGGGAGAAUCUAGAUUGUUGAAGAUAAUCAUACAUAAAAUAAACAAAAAGAAGCAGCCGAAAAACAAGUACAAACAAGUUGAGAAAGAGGGAAUCUUUGGGUACCCUUAUAUAUCUAGUGAGGUGGCUUGAAUCACAUCUGCCUCACCCAUAUAGUCAUUACAUCAUCAAAGGCUGUGUUAUUGUAUUUCUAUUUAGUUUAAGGUUAACUUUUCCAGUUAUAAAUAUUGAGAUUUGUAAUAAUGUUUUUCCAUUAUUUAACUAUCAAUGUUCCUCUAUGUAGCUUUUAAAAAAGUUAUAUUUUAAACAUGUUGUUUAAUUGUCCGAUGAUAUUAAAUUAAUAAGUACUUAGAAGCAAUGAUCCUUUAUAAAAGUGUGAUGAAGAAUAUCACUGAUUCUGACUGUGUCUGAUCACUGAUAUAUGUGUUAAUAAUAAAUGUCAGCCAAUAUUAUAUCGAUUACAUGAUUCAAAAUCAUUUUAAUUAUAAUAUUUAUAUUAAAUUAUUGAACAAUUAAUUAUUAUUUUAAUAUUUUUAAGAUUUGUAUAAACUUAUGUAUAGUUAUGAAUUGAUUAGCGUAUAAAUUAAGCUUUUAGCAGUUAUUUAUGUUUAUUUAAUUAACCCGUACUUAAAAUAUAAUACUGCGGGUACAAUGUUAUUAUUUGCAAGUUUAAAUGUUUUUAUAUGUAAUGUAUUUUUGAAAAUCGCCAAGUGGAGUCUCAGAAUCAAAUCUUAAGUUAGGCCUUACAGUCACAUUUAAUGGCCUCCAUUAUGAAGUUAUAAAUAUUUCCCAAACCUAAUUGUGUUUAGGUAAAUGUUCUUGUUAAUGACAUAAUUAGUUAUACCAGCUAGUCUUAGCCAUUAUAAAGCUUCACAAAGGCAUCAUACUUGUUAUCACAAUGUACAAUAUAUUCAUAAAUAGUGUAAAGUGUACUUAAACAUACUAUAAUGUUGUCAUAACUAACAUUUAGUUUUGUACAUUUGUAUUUUUUACACACGUGUGUGCUUUGGUAUAUAACAGCAAAGUUUGAAUAAAAUAUGGUUCUUCUUGUUACUGAAUCUUUGGUUAUUAAGAUAUCAUUUACUCUACAUUUUACUAAAAUGUUUGAUUUAGGGGUUAUUUCAUGAAAAUGUGUAUAGUAAUAUAUUUGUCUGACUUAAUUUGUGUUUUAUCAAAAUAAAAAUAAUGACACCUUUUUCGCUAUGAUUGAAUAAAAAAUACCAAGUGGCUGUGCUUAAACAUGAAUAAAGCACCAAGCCAAGUCCAUUCCUAUAUUAUGUAAAAAAAAUGUUACUUAAUAUAAAAUUAGCAUUGUUUUUCUGGAUGAAAUGUUUAGGAUUGAAAACAUAUCAUUAUGAUAUCACAUUGUCUUGAGUUAUUUUUAAAGUUCAGCUAAAUUAAAAUGUUUGUGUUUUAAUGAUAUUUAUCCAGCGAUUUAUUUUAUAUACUUUUUUUAAUGAAAUGGCGACCAUACAAAGUAGGUAUUUCAAGCCAAGUAUGAAUGGAGAUUGGAGAUAAGUGUAGGAUGAGUAGCGUGAUCUUGUAGUCUUGUUAGGGACUAAGGCCGACAUAUUCCUUAGACACAGCUGUUAAUUAAUAGCCCAUACAGCUAAUGGGAACUAAGGGACCUACAGUUUAUAGUGGAAUCCGAACCACAUUUUUUUUGUAUAUACGAAUUGGUCUAAUUAUCAGGAUAGUACUGCGGAUAGUCAUAGUACUCACCCGUGCGGAUGUUAAUCCACACCAGGGAGUAUCGCAUCCACAGUGCUUGCCUAUAAAUAUCCUCAAUUCGUGACCUCAUAGUAGCUGGAUUACAGGACGACGCCACCCGUCCCAGUCAUAUAUUAUACUCAAAUAAUGUUGAAUUUAAAAGUGAUUAAGAUUAACAAAGUUUAAUUUCCUUCUGAAUCCAAAAAUUUCUUUUAAAAGUUAAUUAAGGUUACAGUCAACAAAUUAAGUAUGCAAUUUAGUUAUCACAGUUGUGUUUUAUUUCUAUUAGAGUUGUUCUGAACGUUAAAAAUUUUAAAAUAUUUGUCUUGCUAUGUUCACAAUGUAUUCACAUCUUUCCAAUGCUAAUUUUGUAGAGGAUAAGCCUUAAUUCCUCAUAAGUAUGAUUAUUCCACAAGUAAAUAUAACAUUAAUUUAUUUUCCCCAUAACAAUCAAGGUCACAUUAAAUCAAGGUUUUAUUGACUUAAAACUAUGAAUUAUAAGCCUAAAAUAGUUUUGACAAGAUAUUAUGACGGAUACAGGUGUAAGAAACAACCAAACCGACACAAUUUUUGGAAAUAUUUAAGGUUUAUUAGUUGUUAUGAACCUUUGUUGAAAUAAUGUCAAUGUUACUGCAACAUAUAAGCAACCAAGCAUAUCAUGCUUAAGAUAUAUUUUCAUAAUACAUAGUGAAAAAAUAAUAAAUAAUACAUAAUAACAUAAUAAUACAUAAUACAUAAUAACAUAAUAAUACAUAAUACAAAUGUAUGAACAUAAUAAAAAAUAACACCUUGUGCCUUUUUAGUUAACUAUAUUUAUUUUUGCUUAGAAAAAUGAAAAAAAUACUCAUGAAAUAAAAUAUAUUAAUAGAUGCUCUAAAUUACUUCACAUAACAGUGAAAGAAAAAUUAAAUAGAGGUGUAUAAAACCAUUCUUUUUGCUACUAUAACUCUUAUGACUUUUUAUAAAAUAUACAAUGCUUAGGAAGUGUUACUGUCCAACUGUUAAAUAGUUCUCUGUACUAAUAAUUGAGUUAAGUGUGUGUUUGUUAUGUAAUUCGUAGGCAAAAGAAAAGUGACCAUAAUUUACUGACAAGCCCCAUACUUUAGUAUACAUAUUACAUAUUCAAUGAAAUAUGCAUUUUGGGUCCAGUUAGAGAAUUUUAAAGAAUCCUUACUGUUUGAGUUUGUAACAGGGGCGGCUCCAGAGGGCAGGCCAGGUAGGCCCGGGCCUACCCAAAAUUUUGUUAUGUGUAAAUAAAGGGAAAGCAUUAAAACUAAUUAUUUUGCAUUUAAAUUUUUUAAUUCCUUCCUUUUUGCAGGUAAAGCCUUCAAACCUAUCGUCCCCCAAUCAAACUCUUUCUUGAUCUUUGUCAGGCCUACCCAAAAAAAAAUAUUCCUGGAGCCGCCCCUGGUUUGUAAGAUUGUAAAUUUGUAUCUGUUUCUUAAACGUUAGAAUUAAGUUAAAAAAAAAAUUAGCAAUGUUUCUAUACUGAGUUGAAUGCCAGAGUGAGGCAGAACCAGGGGUGAACCAGUCAACCGCACUAAGUCUUAUCCCUUGAGUCUAUUGUGCGUUCUUGGAGCUGCUCGGGCAGCCAGUGAUAAGGCCAGUGAGUCAUACUUCUAGCUCCACUAUCUCUGAGCAAUAUUUCUUAAUUGAAGAAAAUAUACAAAUCUGAUGGUAUGAAUGGAUGUAUUUUAAUCUACUGAUAAUUUUGAUACAAAAUUUGAAGCUAUUUUUUAUUUUUUGUUAUUAUCUAAUAUUGUGCCUUAUUUUAUAAGGUUAUAAAAAAAAUCAUAUGUUCACAUCAAAUUAUAGUAUACUUCUUUUUCCAAUCAUCCAAAAUCUUAUGACUUUACUAACUCUGGAGGAAUUUGAAAGUGUCAAAUUUUAGGUUUAGUUCAUUGAUUAAAGAGACAAUAGCAUCAGUAAGAUAAGCUUUAUGUAUUUUUUCAGUGUUAAUAAAGGGAUUUGUAAUAA